AGCUCACACAACUAAAAUCUUCUCUUACAAAAGAACUAAAAGAAGAUGGAUCAGUCAUCAUCAACGUUGCUUAUAAACCAGAGAAAGUCAUCAUCGUCUCCGACGAGGAUACCACCGAAGCAGAAGAGGAAAUCAACGACGACGAACAAACCCAUCAAAGUCCGUUACAUAUCUAACCCGAUGAGAGUCGAGACUUGUCCUUCUAAGUUCAGAGAGCUCGUUCAAGAACUCACCGGUCAAGACGCUGCCGAUCUACCACCGUCACCCACCACUUUCGUCGCCGCAGAUCUCCACCGUCCGUGUGAGUCGGAUAUGAACCCUGAGCCGUUGGAUAGUGAGGUUCGUGAGUAUUAUUCACCGUUGGAUGAGGAAGUGUUUAAUGCUCCUCAGAUGUCGGCAGGUCUUUCUGGUUUUUUCUCGUCUGGGUUUUACAAUGUGAAUGCUUUAGGAAGCAUUGGUUCUCUCUGAAUAUCUUAUAUUAAAAAAAAAAGAAUGUUUAGUUUCCGGCAGUGAAACACCGAUCACGAAGAAUAAACCAUCUAUAGUUUU